AUGACGUCGGCGCCGCCGCUGAUGAACUUGGAGACGCUGUGGACGACGACGUCGGCGCCCAUCCUCGCCGGGGAAAUGACCAUGGGGGAGAAGGUAUUGUCGACCACCACCAUCACCCCCUUCUCGUGCGCCACCGCGCACAGGCUCGGCACGUCCGCCACAGCCAGCGUCGGGUUCGCCACCGACUCCAGGUACAGAACCUUCGUCUCCCCCUCCCUGAUGGCCGCGGACACCGCCGCGAGAUCCCCGAUCUCGACGAAGGUGGUCUGGAUCCCGCACGCCCUAGACAGGAAGUGCGACAUUAGCGCGUAGGUGCCGCCGUAGAGCCGGCGGGAGGCCACGAUGUGCCCUCCGGUGCCGCAGACCUGCAGCAAAACGGAGGAGAUUGCGGACAUGCCGCUGGCGGUGCAGUACGCGGCCUCGGUGCCCUCCAGGGCCGCCAUCUGACGCCCGAGGUUGAGCACGGUGGGGUUGAAGUGCCGGCUGUAGAUGAAGAAAUCGCGAUCGGGCCCGAGCUCGCCGGAGAACAUACGCCGCAUCGUGUCCGGCUCCAUCACCGUGAACGUCGCCGACGCCUCGAUCGACAUGUUCACUCCGCCGUGUUCCCCGAACUCGUGCCUCGCGCUUGCCAGCGCCUGAACCGGAUCGCCGCUCCACCAAGCGGGGCCGCUGGGGCGCUUCUUCGCCACCACAAACUUCUCGCCUCCGUCGGCGCGAUCCUCCUCGCCAUCCCUUCCAGAGUGCCGCUUCCUGGGGCUCGUCAUCACCACGAUGGGCGACUGCUUCGACUCUGCCAUCUCUCCGCCCUGCUGUCGCAAGGAAGUCGAGAAUUCUUCUUCCCGAGCGAUGAUCCGGCGAACUCCGCGGCCCUCCGUACCCUCUACCUGGCCUCACGCAGGCCGUGCUAUAUAGGCGCUACCCCCGAUGCGGUGUCCCGCGUCUUAACCUGUCUCACCAUGCAAAUCAUCUCAGCCGUUGAUCUACAACUUCGGGAGGAACGGUAUAUCCCCCGUUUCCCGCUCCGAUCAAAACAAUCUACUCCAAUGAACCGGACCGCAUUUUCGGGAACCGAAGGCUUCCGCCGCCGCCGCCGCCACCACCACCACCGUCGCCGUCGUCGUCUCCUUUUUCAACUCUCCUUCUCACCACCCCUCCGCCGCCGACGGAGAUCACGACUCGAGGUGACGAGGCCUGGCAGGAUAUUUCAGCACAUGUGAGCAUUAUUUUACUCGAUUCCUCAAAGAUUCCGUCCGAUCUCUGCCCUGGGGAUCCCAUUCACGGCCGAUUGGAGAGUUCGGAGGAGAAGAUGCAGAUUUCAGGGGGGACUUGCCGUCUCUCCGUCAACGGCGGAGGCUGGAUCUUCUCCAUUCACUCCCGAAUUACUGACAUAAUCCUGUAUUUGAUAUAG